AUGUCAGACGGGGAAGUCAAGAAAAAGAGCUACGAGGAUAUUCUCCUACAUUUGUGCUUGACGAAGGAUGACAAGAUUAAGCCUGUCUUGUAUAAGUUCAUCCCCGUGCUGCUGAACGAAUUGUUAGUUACCGAAGGGACUCCUCCUAAAACACUGAUAGAAAUUGUGAGUCACUGUAUUUUGAGAUGCAAAUCGUUUGAGCGGAUUGACCUGCCCUUGUCGGACAUAGUGCGGAAUUAUUUCCAACACGUGGGCAAAGCGAAGGGGAAUAGAAUCCUAUAUAACAGUACCUUGUCUAUAUUUUUAGAUAUCGGUUUUAAGAGCGUAAACGAUGGAGAGAAGAUAAAAUGUCAAAAGGCGCUAAUUGAAAAUGGGGCCGAGUUAUCAGCGGACAGGGAAAUGGGUAUCCUUAUGAUGCUAAAAUUUAUCGAAUGUUUGGAGAUUCUAAAUGACGAAAGGAAUAAGAAGGAGAUGGAGGCAUACUUUUCAGGGGAGGGUAAUAAGGAAAAGGUUGUAUUGGACAAUCAGCUUUUCCAGUUCAUAAAACACAUGAAUGAAUUUUUGGCAAUACCAAUAUAUUGCAAAAAUGUGGAGGAAAUAAAAUUUCUUCCAAGUGAUGUUAUUAAGAUAUAUAAGGAUAAAUUUCGAAAUAGUAAAAAUUACUCGGUGCAAAAUCAUAUAAAAAUGAAGAAGAAUACGCUAUACUUUUUGAGUAGUUUUGUGUGCAAUCACAAUCUGAGUUAUGCUUCAUACAUUAUUUGUUCUACUGAAAAGUAUGACGAAAUUAAGGAGUAUGCCAAUUCGCUGCUACUUGGGAAGAAACGAUUUGUAAAUUUUAAUGACAUCCAUUUUAUAGCCACAAAUUUGGACAUAAUGAAAUAUUUUGAUAAUAAUAUGUACCCAGUGGAGUAUGUGGUAAAAGUUUUGACCUUAUUUCUGAACAGUUCUGAGAUAGCUAUCGAUGGGGAGCACUUGCACUCGUUGAUGAGUUAUAUAUAUUUUUUGUUCUUCCACUUUGUUCAUGAUAUGAAGAACAUCCAUUUUGAGACAGAGGUUUCCAAGUUUCAAGUUUUGUUCCAUGACAAAACAGAGUUUUUAAAAUUUCUAAAUCGGAGUGGAUACACCAUCAUCAGGCUAAAAAAUGAAGAUUUGAAAAAAUGCCUCUUCAGCUUAAUGUUGUUUAUUCUGGAAAAAGCUCCAAAUGAAUUUUUGCAUGAGUAUGUUGAGUGCAUUUUCCACCUCAUUUUUUGUUACCUCAAAGGGUUGGAUGAGGAAGGAACGGAUGCAAAUCAUGAUGGUAAUGAGAAUUACGGGGCACUUACAGAUAUCUCUACUAUGAUAGAUAAAUUUUUCGAAAAGCUUUUGAAGGAGGACAAAAUUAAUAUGACCGUGUUGGGAAGGGCCUACACUUUGGCCUACUCCUUCUUUGACAAGCUGAAAAGGUUUAAGAGGAGGAGCAGCGAAUCUUACAUACAGCACAAUAAUAUAACCAGAGUACUAUUAGCCUUGGAGAAGUACUUCCAGAGGUGCAUGCAGGUGGCGGAAGUCCAACUAACGGAGACGUUUGUAAAUAGUAUGGAGCAAAAUGAGGAAUGGCGUGACCAUAUGGGUAACUCCAUUUCAUCAGGACAAAAUGGACUGCUUGGAUUGAAGGGGAAGAAAAAAGAAGUUGCUCCCAAAUAUAGAAAAGACAUUCGAAAAAUAAUAGCGCAGAAUGUUGAGCAUUUAUUGGACCAAUUUGUUACGUUCGUAGAUAACUCGUUGUUAAUUAGUGUGGUGAUGAAAUGGGCCGUUAGCAUAUUUGCCGCGGGGAGCUGUGAAUGUGUGUACUACCCACUGUUGUUUGAAAGGAGUAGUAACGUCGUUUUGUCAGACUUAGCAAGGGAUUAUUUGAAAGGUCAGAAGAGGGAGAAGACAAUUUCAUUUGACGAGUACACCUUUUUUAUUUCCAAAAAGUUGUUUCGUGUGAAGGACGGUUGUGUGGUUCGCCUGUGUGAUGCAUCUUAUUGGGGGGUCAGCGGCCAGGAUAGUUGCGUUGAUAAGAUUUGUGACGGGGAAAAUUACGACGAAUGGAAUUAUGACGAAGGAAAUUGCGAAGAAGAAUCAUUAAAGUACAGUCAAAUAACGGAACCCAGCUGGGUUGACAUACAAAAUACAGACCUUGGUAUCGAAUAUGUAAACACGCAUUAUGCAGAGUAUAGGCUAGACCAACUGCACAAUCUGAUUGAGUACUACAGGAAGAUAACCUUUUUCCCCUUCUCUUACGUUGAAAGUGUCUAUUAUGCCCUGUUGAUACUGGACCUGUUUCUAAUGGGGACGGUAAAUCGUGAAAGGAAUAUUAAGGAGGAUUACCUAAUUGUGUACUGCUCCGUUUUUACGCUGAUUUUGAAAAAGCUACGUACCUUCCUGAAGAGAAUCAAAAAGGAAGAAGUAGACUCGAAUAUUAGGAGAGAACAAUUUGAAAAUUUGGAAAAGUGCGAGAUGGGGCUGUACACCCAUUUGGUCAUAUUAGCAAAGACAAGAAUGCAGUUAAUUUUAAGCAACAUGCUGUACGUAGGAAAUCACAAGUUGGUAAAGAAGGCAACAAAAUUGUUGGUCAAAAUAUAUUUGCUAGGGAAGGGAACGGAUGGGAACUUAUUUGACGACCUAGUGAUUGGCUUCACUGCAGAAAAUGUGGAAAAAGUAGCAGAACAAUCAAAGGAGGAGAGUCACGUACUAUGCGCACAUAUGUAUCUAUUUGGGUAUUUAAUAAAAAAGGAAAAAGAAAUUGAUGAGAGGUAUUCCAAGGUUGUAGAAUUUGUUACGAAUUGUUUACUUCACACACAUCAUAACUAUGUGAAGGAAAAGAAAAGAAUUCAAAACUCCGAUUUGUUGAGGUACUGUUUUAAGUUCCUCCGUUUGGUGUUUUUUUCGAGACACUUUGUGUAUGCGUGGCUUAAAAUGGUAAAGGAAAGUAAGUACUCAGAAUUGCCCCAGGGGGGAGAAGAUUGCGCUGUUCAAAUGGGAUACAUAGUGGAGGUCCUCAUGGAGAUACUGAAAUAUGCCAAAGAAAAUUUAAAUAGCGCUAAUAUAUGUAUAGUGAAAAAUGUGUUAAGUGUGUUAAGCUGCUUACCCACGCUCAGAGAUGACGGGAUAAAUGUUAUUCUAAAGGAGGAUAUAAAGGAGUCCUUCCAUGUUGAUAAUUUACAAAUUCAACAACUGUAUGGUCGUUACAUAUCGCACAUGAUUCUACGAUUAGAGAAAAGUUAUGCGGAUAAGAUAGCAUCCGAUUUUUUAAGUUCCAUUUUGGAUCACACGCAAAAGAAGGCAAAUGAUGAAAACAAAUUUCUGUGCAUAAUAUUAUGCUAUGUUAUAAAUUACAACCCAUUUUUGGAACACGUUAGGAGGAACUAUGCAUCCAUAGAGGAGUUUUUCAUUUCGUUUAUCAAAUUAAGGAGCGAUGUAUAUUCUGAGUACUGCUUUGUGGGGUUAAGCAGUUUGUUUUUUGCCCUUUCCGUUCAGUGUAUUGUAGAUAUUAAUGAUGUGGACAAUUUGGUGAAAAUACUUUGGUUUUUAAAGGGAGGAAAAACGAGAAGGGGGAAAAGCACAUCUGUUAAAGAGGACAAUGGAGUAACUAUAUUGUGCAACGAUGCAGAAGAGCUUGCUAGUACGAGGAACAUGGAAUCCUUCUCAAAUGUUGCAAAAUUUUCGAAAGAUAAAAAUAUGCUUCUAAGGAAGGACCGAAAAAUGAGUUGCAAUAUUUUGGAGGAGGCAAAGUAUUAUAUUGAUGAUGUAUCCAUGUUGGGAGAAUCCACGGGUAGAAUCCCUAACAAAGAGGAAUCGGAAGAACAGGCGACGUUAGAGUGUAAAACCCGGAGCUCCAUCGGUGUGUCUAUCACAAUGGUGGACACGGAGACGAUGGAAAAAUUCGCCGAAGGGGUAUACCGCAGCUUCAGUGAUGCAACUGAAAAUUUGUUAUACAAGACGUAUUUUAGAAAGAAGGAAAAAGAAGUAGAUAAUAAUUUUAUAAACGAAAUAAAGAAGUUUGAAAGUAGAAAAGACUACGUCUUGAACAAUGUGUAUGAUUAUGUUAGUAGCGAAAGGAACAUUGAAUUAAUUGGGCAUUAUACAUCCCUGGCCAGGCACUGCGUUAGCUAUGUGUAUGCCUUUCUGUUCAUGCAGUACUCUGACUUGGCGCUGUACAAGUGCGACAAAAAAAUGAGGGAUUUUUUCACCCAUGACGUGGAGAAAUACGGCGCUGGAGAAUUGGACAUAUAUGGAAUGAGUUACUUGUUGGGUAAAUUAAAAGGGGGGAGCAACAACGACCAAGAUGGAAGUAGUUACCAGGUUCACCCGUAUAAGUUCGCGCACUACUCAAGUGUGGACGAUUUUAAGAAGGCUAACAAAAGACUGUGUAAUAUCGUAAAGGCCAUUUGUAAGGAGCUGUUAGUACGUGCUAUAAAAGGGCGACACGAAAUAAUAAAAUUAAAAAUUUUUCAAUAUAUACCGGUUGCGGACGUGAGUAGGACUAUGAAACGGGUAGAGCGAGAGUUCUUACAAAUGAAUUUCAACUCCACCGAUUCUGCUUGUGUGAUGGAUGCUCUGAAUACAGAGCUGACCACCUUCGUCGCGGUUAACCAUGACGAGCUAAUUAACGAUGCCAUGUUGAUUUUCGUAACAGAUAUUCUUAAGAAGAUAGACUUAAAAAUGUUUUGCCAAAAAAUUGGCUCCUGUUUGUCCUUCAUUUGUGCCGUAAUUGAGUCAUCCCUGAUGAACAAGGAAAUAUGCAUAACCUUUUUGAAUACAUUUAAAAGUGUGUGUGUUAGGUUUUUUACCGAGUUCAGUAAUCCACAGAGGGAUAAUAACGUCGGUGGUGGGGGUAGCGGAUUAUCCACUUUGAGCAGUGUAGGGAGGACUGGAAACCAAGUGGGAACUCGCCCAAAUGGAGAAGCAUACAAAAAGAAGCUGCAUAGUAAGAAAGAAGAAGGGACUCCUGAGAAGGAUCACUCACAAGGAGAUAGCCACAAGAAUGAAAUAUUAGAAAAAUUACUACAGUAUUACGCAAAUUUUGAAAAGAACAAAAAAGUAGAGUUAUAUUUUAGAGACUGCCUAAACAGUUGCAUUCUGUCAUCAGAUGGUUUGAGAUUCGACGUCAAGGCGUUGCUGCAAUUUUAUAUACACAACAGUGAAAAGGUGGAAACAGAUUAUACCGAUCUGGCAAUACCAAAUGAGGGCAAGGAUGAUAACUACACAAAAAAAGAAAUAUUUUUUGUCAAAUUAAUAAAGUACAAUAAUUUAGAAAAGGAAAAAGAAAUUUUAGAGAAAAUAAUCAGCAACUAUGCACAUGUAGCAGACAUCGAAGAGAGUGUUAAACAUAUUUUUUCAUUUUUAUUUGAAGAAAAUAACGUGGGUAAGUUUAUGUUAAAUUGUGUUUCUUUUGUAAUUGUGAAGUUACUAGACAGGUACGAAGUGUUACUAAAGGGUAAUGCGUUUUUAAAUGUGCAAUUUUGCAUCACAGUUUUUUCCACCAUUACGGAGUUUAUUUCAAAGCACUUGUGUAAUUGUUACCUGUCCAAUUUGAAUGACCUGGUGUACUACCUGGUGCACAGAAUCCCAUUCUACCAUUAUGUAAGGUUUGUGCACUGUACAUUGCUAGGUGAGAAUUUCGAAUCGAUUCGCAAUAUAAGGGAUGCGCAGCAGGCUAGAAAUUAUUGCAGUGAAGUAAUCCUUUAUUUGCUGAAGAAGAAAUACCUUCUCGAUUUGGAUGAUGAACAUAUUUUCAGGGACCAAAGGAGAGUAGGUGAUAUAAAGGAGUACGAAGAUUUAAAGAUGGUUCAUGGUGUGAAUUGCCAGGUGAAAGAAUUUAUCAGUGGAGGCAGCUUCAAGGCGAAGGUGGAGCAAGAAAUAGGAGGUCCACCAUUGGGUUGUGAAGAUAAAUACUUGGAGCAUGCUGGGGCGUCGAACUGUCUUCCCCUUUUAACCGUAAUAGGUGAACUGGUAAGAAGCCCCACUAUAGUCGAGCCGCACGUAGUUUUACAUGAGGGGAAUGAUGGAGAAGAAAGGGUUAGGAUGUAUAUUGAAAAAAAAUUAACAUCACUUGGGUCGAACGACAAUGUGGUCAUCUCAGCACAUGUGCGUGGGGCAGUGACUAAUGUUCUUACAACCGAAAUUGUUUCCGUGUGGGAAAAGGAAAAGGAGAAGAAAAAAAUCUUCGAAGAAGAAAAUAAAAUGCUGCUAAAAAAAAUGGAGUCCAAAUUAAUUGCCACAAGUUUUAUAAUAAAGAAUAUGAAAAACGUUGAUAAUAAUUAUUAUAAAGAUGUCUACGAAAUUUUACAGAAGAGAAACAUUUUUCACUUUUACAAAUUUUUUAGUGAUUUCGUAGAACAGUUCUACACCUUCUUGGAUUCCACCUUUACGAAAGAUAAGAAGGCAUGCUUUACAUCGAUAGAAAAAUUUGUCGAUUUCUUCAUUGACAUGUAUAAGUGUGAAAAUUGCGACCAGUUGGAACAAGAAAAUGUAGAGAAAUUUUUAAAUUUGUACUGCAAGAUAAGGGACUUGUUUAGGGUGGCCAGAAAUGGCCAAGGUGAUCUUUGCUUUUUUUCCAUUUUGGCGCUUUUAAAAUGCCUUACUUUUAUGUUCUUCCUUUUGAUUAGAAGUAAGGCGAAUGGGAAAAAAUUGGAAAAGGUGUCCGUCAACCGUCAAGUAAUUGAAAAAGUGGUUUCAGUUGAUGAAGGAGAGAUUUACAGCAUGUUCAAUGACAUUUUGGACGCCGUUAUGGAUAUACGAGAAUUUGAGCUUUUUCAGCACAUAUACCUAUUCCUUUUUAAUAUUCCUUCUACUUAUUUGGAAAAUUUAAAUUUUGUAAAAUUAUACAAGUGCGUCCUUUUUUUUAUAAAUAAAUACUUCCAUAGCUGUCGUGAGAGUAUCGCUAAUUAUGAUAGCAGCUUAUGUGUCCACUUCUUUAAGUUGGGGAUGUGCCUGUUCUGCUAUUUUCUGUCCAGGGAAAAUGACAUGAGGACUUGGCUGCACCUUUUUAAUUAUCAGUAUUUAAACAGGCUCUUUAAAAUGGAUCACCUCCAUAACUUUCGAUUCGAAACAAAUGAGGAGUAUCGGCAGGAGGAUAUAGUUAAAGGUAUGCGCUUUGAAGAGGCCGUGGAAGGAGAAGGUGGUACAAAAAAAUAUUGGCGAUGCGAGCGAAGCAGUCUGGACGAUUUACAGAAAUGCGAACAAAGUUUACUCCCAAUCGGGCAAGAAGCGUCUUUUUCCAAAGACAUAGAAAAAUUCAUAUGCCUCUUAUUUGAGAUUAGCAAGGAUAAUGUGAACAUUUUAGCUGUACUGAAAACAUUUUUUCAAUUCCUUUUUUGUAACAGAAUAUAUUUGCACCAAAUAGGUGAGGUAGACAUGUGGGAAAAGGUAUAUAAUUAUAUUUACCUCUCCAUUGUGAGAAACAAAGCGAAGAAAGCAUUUGAUCAUUUGAUGGACAUACUGAACAUACUUUUGUGCAUGUACAAUUCUUACGGUUAUGAAAAUGAGCGCGAUAAGGAGAUAUGCUUGGGCAUAAGAAUUAAAGAAUUUGGUUUCGGCCUUUUUGAUGAAACUGAGAAGAGUGAUAAUGUGAGCUCUGGCUUGCCCACCUUUGUGUUUAUCACUUUUUUUAAGAUACGAGAAAAGUCCAAGUUGUUUGUAUUUCCCGACCACGUUAUUCAGAAUUUGCGGUAUUCCAUAAUGCUCAAUUACCCGCAUUUUUUUUUGUAA